AGUUCAAGAAGUGAUUUAACUGGGCAGAAAAGAAAGUCAUGGCUGAAGGUGGCCCAGAGGAUUCAAAAUUUUUGGAAAUAACAGGAAAGGCUGCAUCAAAGACUCUAAAGAAGAAGUCCAAAAACAAAACCACAUAUAAAACUUCAAAUGACCAUGAAAGUUUACUGCAGGAAGUAAAGCAAACUAUCGAAAUAAUUUGCAAUCGUGAUAUGGAAAUCGACGAUCGCAAGAAACUAACCGAUGAUGUUCGCAAGAAAAUAACAGAAAGAGCUUCAGAACUCCUUUCCCUCCAAUCAGAUGUAAUUGAAUGUUUAGAGAAGAAAAUACAAGAAUUAAAAGCGAAAAUAAGAACGCUAGAGAAAAGUGAACAAGAGUUGAAAAAGCAGUUGAUAAAGGCGCAAAAUGAUGGUAAAAAUGGAUCUGUGGAUGACCAGGAAGAUUUUGAAAAACUAAGGGAACAGAUAGAUGAAUUAAAAAAUACAAUAGCGGAAAAGGAUAGAGAACUACAAAAAACUGAAGAAAUAAAAUUGAAUUUGUCUGCUCAUUUUGACAGAAUUACGAAGGAAAUGGCAAUUAUGAAACAUGAUCUUUCAAAAAAGCACGAAGAAGAUAUGGCAGCCAUGCAAACAGAACUAACGAAACAAAAUGAAGAAGUACUUGAACAGGUUAAACGAUUAGAGAACAUGCUUAGUAAUAUUUCAAAACAUAUAUCCCAAGAAGAUCAUGGUCAGGAUAAAGGUAGAGGUAGUCAACAAAACAAACCAACAAAUGCUAAACCAUCAGGACAACAACGACCGACAAAAUCUGGACCCAAACCUAAAUGGAGAAGUAAUUUCAAAAAAAGCGAUUAAUCUGAUUUGGCAUUGAAGUUAAUUGUUUAUAUCUUCUUUAACGUUCAUGUACAAAUAUAAUUACAUGCUGUUAUCUUACUUGUUAUCUCAUUUUUUUUUUAAAAUGAGAACCAGUUAAUUUAAGGUUAAGCUUCUAUUCGAAUCAUUUUGCAUUAAGUCUAUCUUACUCGACUGUAAGAUUGUAAAUACAUGAUAUUAAGCCUGUACAUACUUGAUGAAUUUGUUGAUUAUAGUUAAUGAUUUUAGUUUGCAUAUAUUUGUUUCUUGAAUAGUGUUUUUUAUUAGUGUUGUUUGAUAUGGAUUUGCAUUCUAUUAGAAUUUCUAUACUUGCAUGCUCCCAUUAUUUCAAUUGACAUUGCAAAUGCAGUCAUAACCUUUACGGUCUGCGUCAAUGUGUGAUUAUGAGGGCACGCACA